AUGAAAUUCAACUUAGCUUUUACUACUGUUGUUGUGUCUGCCGCUUGUGCUGCUGCCGAGGAUAUAACUCUUACUGUUCUCUCGGACAACAGUGAAGUCAAAGGAAUGGCUGUUUCCAAUACUCACGAGGGUGCAGGACUCAACUAUCUAUUCAUAGGCGCCAUUUACAGGAAGUUAUAUGUCCAAUAUUUGACUGCUAUGGAGCACUUUAUGGCUAUGUCCGUCUCGACUUCUGUGGAUGUUUACACAUUUGAUGGUAAUCUUUUGGCUUUGAAUGGAAGUACGAAGAACUUUUACGCUUGUAAAAAUACCGGUGAUCCAUACGAGUAUUCUGCAAGCAGUUAUGAGGUUAUGUACUAUGCAAGUGAUGCCCCUUCAAGUUGUCUCAGCAUCCAGCUUUCUAAGGCAGGUUCGUCAGCGAAUAGUAGUUCUUCUAGUGAUGCUACUGCUAGUUCCACCGCUGACUCUAGUUCCAUUAUUGGUAACAGUACUUCUCAAACUAUAGCUUAUGAAAAUGCUACUGAGUUUGCAACUGUUACUUGUACAGAAACACAAUGCCAAGUUUCGAAGUCAGCAGCAUCAUCAAGCAAUACUGCAAAAACCGAUACUACAAUUUUGACAGAAACUUGUACUGAAGCUAAAUGUACUUCAAAAGCUUCAAGCACUAAGGCAGCAAUUACUGAAGCCCCUGCAAGUACAUUAUCUACAUCGGUGUCAUCCGCAUCCAGUGCAAUAUCCGUUUCAGGUUCAUCCACGUCCAGUGCUUUGUCCACGUUUUCUGCUGCUGCCGAAAAGAUCAUUGGAUCAAAAAGUGUGUUUGCUAUGGGGUUGGCUGCACUUUUAGUCCUCUUAUAA